AGUGUCUAUAAAAAAUAUUACCAGUAAUUUAAAAUGUUAACCCUGUCACUACCAGGAUCUGAAUGGUAAUUCUCGUGAUCAGCCAUACAAUUCUUAUGAUGGUUAGUUUUGAGAAACUAGUGAUCACCUAAAUAGAUAUUUUUCCUUCACUCUCAUCUCUUGUCUGCUUGACGUUGUAUUGAUAUUGUAAGGAAAAUUUCUGUCUUGGCCACUCAUGAGAGCCAAAGGACGCCUGUGCCGCCCCUACCUCUGGUAGGGUGGCUGGGUCCGAAAUUCGAUAACCGAAACGCACGUUUGGAAUUCCUUUGAGUACCCCUCAUGUCCGGAUCCCUAGAAGAGCUCCAAAUCAUCAUCACCAGGGACAGAUUCUAAAAGCAAUAUAUUUGAACUACAUUUAUAACGGCUGUGUAAAUGCCACAGGACUAUUACCAUAGAAACCCGAAACCACGGAUAUUUCAGGUGGUGCGAUUGACUUGCGUGCGAAAAUGGCGGAGAAGGAUGAGAGAGUACCCGAUUAUUCCGGCUGUUUUUGAUGACUCAGGGGAUGAAGAAAGCUUUGAUGGGUUUGAGCGUAGACGUACCAAUAAUGAUAGUGAUAGUGAUGUAGAUCUUGAAGGCUUGGAGGACGACAGUGACGGCCUUGCACCUGGAGGUACCGAUGACGAAGAAGAAGAAGAAGCUCGAUGGACUGACCAUCUCAGCGACUUCCCCAUCCCGGACUUCACAGCAGCAACUGGUCUUAAUUUUAACUUACCUGAUAUUCCUAAACCUUUAGAUUACUUUGUAGAGUUUGUAGAUGAUAAUUUAUGGGAUUUAAUUGUCGAAGAAACCAAUCGCAACGCUUGCCAAAAACUUUCAAGUUCAACCGAGCGCCUCGCAAAUUUCGUUCCUGUUACGCGUGCAGAGAUCAAGGCAUUUAUUGGAAUAAACAUAGUUAUGGGUAUCAAUAGUCUCCCUCAGUUGGCGUUAUAUUGGUCAUCUGAUGACUAUUUUGGAAACCAGGGCAUUAAGAAGGUUAUGGCCAAGAACAGAUAUGAAGAAAUUAGUAGUUAUUUGUAUUUUAGUGAUUCUAGUGUAGAGCCCGCUCGGGGAACACCAGGCUUUGAUCGCCUUUUUAAGAUUAGACCGAUAUUUAACUCCAUUUUGGGUAAUUGCCAAACUAAGUUUAAACCUACUAAGAAUCUUUCUGUAGAUGAGGGCAUGAUUGGUUUUAGGGGGAGGUUAUCUUUCAGGCAAUAUAUGCCAGCUAAACCUACUAAGUACGGAAUUAAAGUUUGGAUGGCGGCCGAUUCUAGUAACGGGUACGAUUUGAAUUUUGAUGUCUACUUAGGAAAAGAAGCCGACGGCCGUCGCCGUAUUUAUGGGUUAGGUUAUGAUGUAGUGACUAAGUUAAUUAGACCUUUUAUGAAUAGAAAUCAUCAUGUAUUUUUCGAUAAUUUUUUCACGUCAACUAAGCUAUUAGAGGAUUUAAAAGCUAAUGAUACUUACGCCUGCGGGACUGUAAGAUGUAAUCGUAAAGACUUGCCACCAUGUGCAAAAAAUAAAUUGCGGGUUGGGGAGAAGUUAGUUCGUCAGAAAGGCCACGUUGUUUUCACGAAGUGGCAUGACAAACGGGAUGUCAGUGUUAUGGCAACUAAUGUAAGUCCUCUAGCCGAUGAUGUUGAAGUUAAUCGGGGUGAUGUGGAAGUUCCAAAACCAGUUGUAAUUGAUUUGUACAAUAGCUCUAUGGGAGGUGUUGAUCGCGCCGAUCAAUUACGCGAAUAUUAUUCAGUGGGUCGUUCUUCUAGCAAGUGGUAUCGGUAUAUAUUUUGGUUUCUUAUCGAUGUAGCUAUAUGUAAUGCCUUUGUUCUUUGUAAUUACCGUCGGUUAAGCCAAGGGAUGGGUAAGCUUAGGCAAUUGAACUUUAGGACAGAGUUAGCUAAACAGUUGAUUGGGGGAUACUCGACUAGGGUGUCUGCGGCACAAUUAUCCAAGCGCCGUAAGAUUGAAGCUCAUUUUCUUCAGGAGGGGAGCGAAGGGAAACAUUUUAUUGAUAAAAUUAAGGGAAGAAAAAGGCAAUGUGUUCAGUGUAAGAGGGUGGGUACAAAAACUCCCAAAGGUCGCCCUGUAGAAAGUACUUUUGAAUGCGUGCAGUGCAGCGUAGCUCUUUGUAAGGAAGUUUGCUUCGCAGAUUAUCAUAUGUUGUAAAUUUAUAAACGUUUCGCUUUAUCCUUCAUCUCCUGAGUCUUCAUUAUUCAAGUGUUGAUACAACCUUAAAAGAAACUCGAAUAAUUAAGAAUAGCAGUUACCGUAAUGAUUAGUAUUACUGGGUUUAGCCGUGUUUUGUAUUUAGAAAUUAUUUACAUUUCCGGUUUUGCCGUGUUGAUUUGUUUACAUUAGUCGGGCGAGGAAAUUGUGAUGUACGAUUCUCGUAAUCGGGUUUGUUUUUAGAGAUUAUCUGGCUUCUGUUUGACUUCAUCUUAUUUGGUAUUUGGCCGCUAAUUUUGCCACAUAAAAAAUACUAGAAAUAUUGUAAAAAAUAUGGUUUGCGUUCGUCGUCAUCAAUUACACAAUUCGCUUAUCAUUCGCUGUGAAAAUCAAUUUUGGCGUUUUGCCCCGCUUCACAAAUUAUUUGUUCUCUUUUCUAAGUGGUUUUUACCUUAUGUUUCGCUCUUAUUACCCGAUAUUUCUUGGUAAAUUAGCUGCAAAUUUAUCUCACUGUAAGUGCCAUCAGUUGAUGUUUGGUUUAGUUUAGACUUUCUCAAAGUCCGUACGAGCAUAAAAAGACGACUUGGGGCAAGUCUAGGUUUAGUUUGGCGCAUUUUACUUUCCUUUCCAACGGAAAACAAUUUCGGGAUUUUGUCGCACGGUAAAAAAAGAAUUAAUUUCUUACUAUCAGAUUGGUUUGGGACAUCGAGUUGAACUCUUUUGGCCGUUUUUAUUUGAUAGUUUGGCCGCUGAAUUAUCUGACUUGAAAUAAACAGUCUUGAAACCUGA